AUGAGUUAGUUACUAAUAUGCUCUCUCUUAAUAUUUGGAUUCUACUCAAAAGUAAUUUAAGCAUUACUUUGCGAUUCUAAAUGUGCAUAUUGCAGCAGCUACAAUACAUGCUAUUAGUGUUAGCCAGGAUAUACGCUCAGUUCUGAUUAGCUUACUUGCUAAUCUAAUUGUCCUAAUCAAACUUACUACUAUGAAGCAACUUAAUCCUGUUUAUAAGAUUGUCCUUAAGGAUUCGAAAAAAGUUAAUAAAAUAAAGCUUGCAUCUCAGUUAAUAAUUGCGACCAAGUUACAUUUUUAAGCGGUAGCAAAGACUUCAAGUUUAAUAUGAACUCAUAGCUUUAUUAGAAUCUUUUGAUAGUUAGCGGCUAAUAAAACCAAACAAUAAACGAAAACUACUUAAAAGUCUACUAGCUACAAAAUGAUGAAUAUGGAUUUUAUCCGAUAGGGACUCUUGAAGGCCAUAAUACUCCAAUUAUAGCCUUUAAAAACUUAGAUGGUGAAUACAGCUAAAUGCUUAUCAGUAUAAGCAGAAAUUUAGUGAUUGCAUGGGAUAUGUAAUAUGGAUUACUGAAGUCGAGCGUAAAUUUAUCUGAUAAUUUAUAUGUUAAUAGCAAUAGCUUUUACUUAGAUCAGAAUAUUUUAGUAUUGAACUACUUUGAUAGUAACUAGUUCGCUGUGUUUUUCCUCAAAAGCUGGGUAAAAUCUUUAUUUUCAUAAGAAUAAAAUGACUAAACAGAUUAGUUUUUUACAUUUUUUGAUAGAGUUCAUUAAACACCUAUUAUUGGGUACUAAAUCCAAUUUAAUAACUAUUUAAUUAGUUAUGAUAAUAACAAUAUGAUUAUUAAAUGGGAUAUUAAUAAUAACUAUGGAUAUGAGAUUUAUUAAAAUUUUAAUUUCACUAUAAAUUAAGUAUUUUCUUUCCCAAAUUUUUAAAGCAUGUAGAAUUCAGAUUUCUUCAUUGUCACUUUUUAAGAAAAUACAAGUAUUAACAUUAUUAGUAAUAACAAUAAUACUUCAAUUCUAGCAUUCAAUACUAAUCAUACUACUGCAAUAUCGAAUAUUUUCUUUGAUAUUAGCAUUUAAGUUCAAAACUAUCAAUCUCUUAACAUAGUUUAGUUAAUCUCGAUAAGCCAAACUGAGAUAAUUGUUUUUUAGUUUAAUAUAAACUAAUAAUCAAUUAAAGCUAUUGCUAAUUUUACUCAAUCAACUCUUUUUACAAAGCUAAUAAAUAAUUAAGUCAUAAUUGUAAAUUAAAAAGGACUAAACGCAUUUUCUUUUCAGCAAUAGUAAUAACAAUCAAAUUCUACUUCUUAAUUAUAAUUACUUAACAUAUUACCUACAGCAAUUUCUACAAAUGACUAUAUUGGUGAUAUUUAAUAAUUAAAUACUUUUAGUAACAUAUCAUAUGUAAUUGUUGGAAGAUUAUUAACUAUUUAUUAAAGUCAAAUUUAGCCUGGAAACUCUAUACUUGCUUUUAAAUAAUCUCAACAGAUCUAAAGUUCACCUAAGUAUAGCUAACAUUAUGGAAAAGUUAAUGGAGUAGUAAUGGACACAAGUUAAAACUUAAUUAUUUCGUAUAGUUCAGAUGGAUCAUUUGGAAUAUGGGACAUAAUCUAGAAUAGCAUAUUAAACUAAAAGCCUUUAUAUUUUUAGUUACCUCCUUGGUGCUUAUCUUUGUAAUCUUGCUAAACCAGUAUAAUCUAUUCGUAAGUUAUCAUGAACGGAGUACUUUUAUCUCUUUAUAGUAAUAAUAUAUUUAUCACCUGGAAUAUAAGUAGAUAUUAAAUCUCAUAAAGAAAUACAUAUUCUUUGCCAAGUUAAUGGCUGAGUCUAACUAAUUAUGGAUUUUUUAACAAUUAUUUGUUUAUGAGUAAUAAUAAAGAAUUAUUUAUUUAUAAUUUUAAUUCAAGCGAGACUUAGAUAGUAAACAAUAAUUACACACAAUACUCUGAAAACAUCAGCUAAAUAUAACUAGGAUUUAAUAGUAAUACCUUUUAUUUAUUAGAAACACUAACUACUUAUAAUAAUUCUUCUCCUCAAUACCUAUUAAGAAUCAAGUUUUUAUCUAAUUAUACAGUAUCUAAAAAUACAACAAUUCAAUAACAAUGCCAAGAGUUAUAGUAUUUUCAAUAAACAUAAAAAGUAAUUGUUAACUAUUAUUCUGUAAAUUUGACUAUAGUUACUUUUCCAACACUUACCUCAGUAUCCAUAACUCUAGAUUCUAACAUAGUAACUUAAAUAUAUUCUGCUUCAUAAAAUUCUUUUCUAAUAAUUACUGCUUCAACUACUAUGUAUUAAUAUUUACCAAGUGGUAGUACUUACGCAUCUAAUAAACCAGCAAAUUCUCCCUUACCUAGAAAAAAUUUUGGUAUGAUUUAUAAGUCUUAGUUUUAAGUUACAUCUUCAGGGUAUACCUAUUUUUAGAAUACAGGAUUUAAUUAAUUAGACAACUAAGUAUUUUAUUUACUUUAUAGUAACCUCAGAAUUUGUUAAGUGUUUCCUUUUAAAAAUGAAAUAUCAAGCGUUAGUGUAGUAAAUAAUGCACUGGCUUAUAUAGGAUUUUCAGAUGGUAGCUUUUAAAUUGGUAGAUACUCAUGUAGUACCUAGAUUUAUGUUAAUGAUUAUUGUAAUACAUAAAAUACAAUUUUUAAUCCUUACUUAAAAAAAGCAUAUCUUUUUAAUCUUGGAAAGGUUAUUGUGGUUGAUUUGUAUAGUAAAUCAGAUGUUGUUAUUAAUUAUGGACAUCCUACAACAAAUUCAGUUAAUGUAAUUUAAGACAGUGUUAAUGGAAAUAUGAUUACUUAUUCAAAAGAAAGCACAUAGAAUUUGUACAAGUUUAAUUAAAAAAAUCAAACUGCAACUCAGUUUAUGAAUGGACAUAAUGCCACAGUCGAUUAUGUAUUUCUUGAUAUUUAGAAUGAUGUGGUUAUAAGCCAUUCAAUAAGUUUAACAGACUUAAAGGUUAUUGUUUGGUCUUAUUCAUACACAAUAUAACUUUAAGUAUUUUUAAAUAUUUAAUAAUUUAACCAAACAACUCCUAUUAUAGGUAUAGUUAGUGCAGUAUUUGAUUAAAAUAGAUAAUAGUUAUUUGUUUUAACAUUACAAGGAACUCUAUUUACAUUUAAUUAUCUAAAUUAUACUGUGAAAACAUAAUUUUUAAUACAAAAUGCCCAGACAAUUUAUUUAGAUUCUAACUACAACAAAUUUUAUUUAAUUUAUAACUAAUAUAGAAUAUAAGUAAGAAAUUACUAUACUCUUAAUCUAGAAAAUGAAAUAAUAACUAAUUCACCUAUACCUCCAUUAUAGAAGCUCUCACCUUCAAAUAAUUGGCUAAUUAUUACUUCUAGUAAACUACUAACAGUCAUAGACAGAUAAACACAGACCUAUAAAUCAACAAUUCUUUGCAAUACAAACUGCGGAGACUUUAAAAUCUCUGAUAAACUUAAUUUAAUUUUUUCAUAUUUAAGAGAUAAUUCAGAUAGUAUUGAUGCUUAUGAUAUUACAAAUGGGAAUUAUUUGUAUUCAAUAAGUGGUUAGACAGAUCUAGAUAUAGGAACAAUCAAAUUGAUAGUGAUGGAUGAUGUCAAUUAUCUAUUAUUUAUAGGAAAACUUAGCUCAUAUAUAACUGUGUUUUUUAAUUAUCUUACUAAGCAAUAUGUAGGAUAUACAUAUGAAAAUAUAUUUUUGUUUUGGGGAACAGCUAUGAACAACCAAUUUAACGCUUUGAGUGUAGCUGAUACAUCAACUUUUUACAUUAGAACAAUUUAAGAGUAGAUCACUAGUACUUUUAAAUUUUAAGAUUAGUAUAUGUUAAAAUAGAUUGACUACUAUACAAGCUCAACAGGAGAUAUCUAUUUCGUUGGCGGAUUAGGAUAUGUCAGAAGGUACACAACUUAAAAUUAGAUGGUGAAACUCGUUGGAUAACUUUCUAAUUACAUAUAGAUUGUUUAUUACAAUCAAAAUGUAUAUGUAUUAACUUAUACAUAACUUUUAAAAUAUUCAGAUAACUUCUAAAUUUUACCCAGUAACUCAACUCUAAACAUGUUUGGAAGUCAAAUCAUAGGAACAAUCAAUAAUUAGAUAUUUGUCUCUACAUUUAAUUCAACUAUUUUACAGAUCGAUUGUUAAUCAUUUUAAGUUAUCAAUACUAUCGCCCUUCCUUCUUCUCUGGUUUAAUCUUAAUUUGUUCAAAAAUACAAUGAUUUGUUAAUAAUAACUUAAGACGGAAGUUUUAUACGUUAUAAUUAUGCAAAUAAAACAUAAGUUUUUAAAUUAUCAUCGACCUAUUACUAUGCAUACUAUAAUUUAAAUUUAAGUUUGAUAUCGCUUGUUUCAUCUACUUAAAUAGAAAUGUACACAUAUACAAUAAACAUACAAAAUUUCACAAAUUAUCAACUGACAAUUGUACCUUACUCUAGUACCUUAAGCUUUGUAUUCAUUGAUGAGUAAUAUAGUAAUUUGUAUGCUGUAUUGGCUAAUGAUAGAGUUAUUGAUAUAUUUUCAUUUUAGAGAAAUCCAUUAACUCCAAAUAUGAAUAUGACAAAAAUAAAUUUCAUACCAUACAUAAAUUCAAUUUUUUCUGUUUAAUUGAGUAUUGUUGGAUCUUACAUAAAAGUUCAAAUACCUUGGUCAAUAUCUUACUACGAUAGGCAAACAUUUAAUUUUUACUGGCAAGUUUAAGACCCGAAAUUUAUUUAAUAAAUAAGAUAAUAUAUUAUUAAUCCUUCUUUUCCUGAGCUUGUUUUUACAGCCUAAAAUAACUUUAUAACCAUAGCAUACUAAAAUAUUUAAAGUCAAGUCUAUAAUUUACUUUUAAAAUAUUAACUCUAAUAUCCGACUAUAUAUAAUAUAACAAUAUAGAAAAACUUUGACCUCUAUAUGAUAAAUAUGUUAAUAUUAGUUAGCGGUAACAUUGUUCGCUACCAAGCUAACAUUCCCAUUGUUAACGGAAUCCCUUAACAAAGUUAUUUUAAAAAUUGCUUGCUUUAGAUUUAAAAUCCUUUAGCUGGUUAUUAAGUUCAAAAUUAGCUUUCUAAUUUGUAAGAUUAUUUUUCUCAAUUUAAUUAUUAGUCUUAAGGAAUAAGAUUAUAGAUAUAUGGCACUAGUUUCCUUUAUUACACUCCUUUAAUGUAAUAACUAAACACAUAAGUCUAAUAUUUUGGCAAUUAAUAAAAUUCUAACUUAAAUUUAGAAGCUAAUCUGUUCUCUCAAAAUCAGAAUCAAUAAGUAUCCCUAUCAAACUAAAAUCUCAUCCUUCUUUCUAAACCGAUAGUUGCUUAAUUUAAUGCUUUGACUAAUACAUUUUCGCUUUAAAAUGUAUCAUUUUCAUAACUAAAUUAAUCUUAUUAAGUAAAUACAACUAUAAAAAUGACAAAUUUGAUUUAAAUUUCAUUUAUAAAUAUUACUAUUUAAUAAAUUAACCUAGGAGGAUAGGUUAGCCUUUUUGAUAUUUAAAACUGCACAAAUGUAUCUUUUUAGAAUAUUUAAAUAUAGAAUAUAAAUAUUCAAGACUUAGUAUCAUUAUUUAAAUUUUAGUUGGUAAGUAAUUUAAAUAUUUAAAACCUCAGCAUUGUAUAAAUAAAUUAUGAAUAUACGACAAGAAGGUUUUUAAUAAUAAGCCAAACUUAAUAAUAUCUAUUUUAAUUUUACAAAAUAGCUAAUUUAACCCUUUCGGGUUUUACAAUAUAAUACAUUAAAGGUAAUAGUAAUCAAAGUAUUUUUGACUUCAAACAGAAUUAAAAUUCGCUGUUAUAAGACAUUUAAUUGAAUUAAAUAGUGGAUAUAUAGGUAAUUUCUUAUGUUAACUACUUUUAGGACGAAAUAUCAACUACUGUUGAAGAAAACGACAUCGCUUAUUUAUCUUAAAUAAAUAUUAAAGAUUUUCAUUCAAACUAAAAUGCUAUUAACUAUUAAGGAAGCACUCUUUAGAUAUCAUUUUCUUCAUUUGAUUCUAUAAAUUGCUUAAAAUGUACAGGAUCAUCUUUGCAAGUAUAUUAAACAACCAAUUUAGAAAUUCGAAAUACAAAUUUUACUAAUAACUCUGCUUAUAAUGGAGGUAGCAUUGCUAUAAUAAAUUGUUAAAGCAGUAGUAUUUCUAUAACCAAUUCAUAGUUUUUAGGGAACAGUGCUUAAAAUAGUGGUGGAGCCAUUUACUUAUCUAACUCAUAUUUGAAACUUUAAAACGAUAUAUUUGAAAGUAAUAGUGCUCUUAUUGGAGGUGCAAUUAGAUAUGUAGGUGGUAGACCAAGAGAAUUUAAUCAUUAAUACUUUUAAGCAAAUGGAGUAUAAUUUAUUUAAAAUGUAGCAGUUAUUCAUAGUUAAAACUGGGGUUCAUAUAUUUAAUAUGUGAAAGCAUAAUAAUUAAAUUUAAAAAAUUUUAGAUUACUAGAUUAAUAAUAAGACAAAAGUGAAUCAAAGAAUCUUUAAUAAGACAUAUUUUAAAUUAAUAAUCUUUAAAGUGGAGGAUUUAUAAAUUUAUAAUUUUAGAUAUAUGACGAAGAAAAUAAUGCACUUUACUACAAUGUAACAAGUUGUUAAAAUAAUUAAUAUCCUAAAGAUAUAUGUGAUGAGUUAAGCUAAAUUAAGCUUACUCUUCUAUCCUUAGAUGAAAAUGUAGUAAGAGUAGUAGGAUCUUACACUGCUCAAUUUAGUUAAUUUAUCUCUUCUAUAGAGGGAUUUUAAAUUAUAGGAAUUCAACUAAUUGGUAAUCCUCUUAGCUCUUAAUUCAUAUAUCUGUAAGCAGAAGGAAUAUAAUAAUAUUAACCCUUAAGUUCUAAUGAUAUUAUUCAAAAACUAUCAUCAGCUGUUUAUUAAGAUAAAUAUUAAUUAAAUUUCCGUUAAUGUGAAAUUGGAGAAAUCUAUAAAUAAGCAAAUCAAAUUUAUUUAUGCUCUGAAUGUAUUGUGGGAACUUACUCCUUACAAACACCAACAAAAAAUAAUAGUUUACAAUGCUAAAGAUGUCCUGACCAAACCAGCUAUUGCUAUAAAAAUUAAAUGGAACUCAAGGCUGGAUAUUGGAAAAGUACGAAUUUAACAGAUAAUAUUUAUUAAUGUUAGACAAAAUCUAGUUGCAAUGGUGAUCAAAAGACAAAUUAUUGUGCUACAGGCCAUUAUGGUCCACUUUGUUAAUUUUGUGAUGAAAAUGGUGUAAUAUGGCAAGAUAAAUUUUAGUAUGAUAAUAAGAAUGGAUGCACUAACUGUACAAAAAUGUCUAUAGGAUAUGCUAUAGGAGAAACCCUUAUAGUUUCAUUGAUCAUAGUCGCAUAUUGCUUAUUUAACAUAGUAUAAUGCUUAAAAGCUUCUGAGAGGGUAGUAUUAGCAUUCUAUAUGCGUGUUCUCAAGUUGUCAUGUAUUAGCAGAUCAAGCUAAAACAAUGAGGUUAACAUGGCAGUAAAAGCUUUAACUUAUUUCUUAUAGUUAUAUAAGCUCAUUUCAAAUUAUACACUUGAUCUACCUUAAGUAGUUGCAGUUGCUCCAGACAUAUUUGGUUCUCCAUCUAGUUCAGCAGUUGUUAACAAUGCAUGCUAAGUAGCAUUAUUAUCUACAGAAUCCAUGCCUCAUUUGUAUUGGAGAUCCUUAAUGAUAAUACUGUCACCUUUUGGAUUUGCAAUUGUUCUUUUCUUAAUUUACCUGAUUUUUAUUCAUAAGAAGUAUAAUGUUACAAUCAGAAAAUCUCAUGUGAUUUGCACUCUAAUUUUUUUGUUUUAGUAUACUUAACCAAACAUUGUUUAAAAUUUGGUAGCCUAAGUUUCUUGUUAAGAAUUUGAUGGAAAAAAAUAUAUAAUUGCUGAUUAUACAUAUGAAUGUUAUACAUAGCAGCAUCUGUCAUUUAUAUUAUUCUUAAUUGGACCUGGUCUGAUUUUCCAUAGUUUUAUUUACCCUCUUUUUGUCUUUACUGUCCUUUAUAUAUCAAGAAAUUAGCUAAAUAAUGCGACAGUAAGAUUAAGAUAUGGAUACAUUUAUUAAGAUUAUAAUGUUAGAGGAUAUUAUUGGGAAAUUAUGAAAUAUUUCUUAAAAUUAUCUUUAAUUCUUGUUUUAAAUUUCUACGACUCUCCACAACCAAAAACAAAGUUCUUAGCUGUCUUUUGCGUAUUAGCUAUCUAUUACAUUUUAUUGAUAUUAGUGAAGCCAUAUUAAAUGAAGAGAUACUAAUAAGUAGAUUAAAAUAGUACGAUUGCUUUGAUGAUGGUUAGUAUCCUUAACUAUUUUCUUAAUACUGAUGUUACAUAGAUUUAAAUUUAUAUAUUCUAUAUGUUACUACUUCUUUGCUAAUUAGUAAAUGGUGGAUUCUUAGUUUUCCUUAUUCUUAGAGUUUACUUUGAAAAAUAUGUUUAAUUUAUCUUGAACAAGUUACCAUCUUCUAUAAGAAAUUCAAUUUAUAUUAGAUUUUUAAUGUCAAAGACUGACAUACAUUCUGAUUUAGUUGUUUAAAAGGCAAUUAAACUUUGGAUGCUUGUUUAUAAAAAAUCUAAAUUUUACUAACUUAAGUAAUAAUAAUCAUCUUUUAUUAAAAAAUAAAUUAAAUCUAAAUUUUCAGGAGCUUUAUUAGAACCUUCUAGUAGUUAAAUCUCUCCUACAAUCAUUCCAAGCCAUUAGGAAAGAGCAAAAAGAUUUAGCCUCAAAAAAAGUAAUAUGCAUCAUAUUUAUUACAGAAAUCAAUCUGAAACUGAAGAAUAGUUAAAUUCUCAUAGACUUUUGACAAAUCCAUAAACUUUAAGAACUCAAUAAGACAAAGUAUUAAAAACUCAGAGUAUUGUAGAUUAACUUAAAGAAAAUCAAUAAGAAUAGGAAUCAGAUUAAAUAGAUAUUUUGUCAUCUGGUAGUUCAAUGAAAAUUCCUAACUUUGUUGCAAAAUCUAAUGCAAGAAAUAGCAUACUUUCUUAAAAUUGA